AUGAUCUCCUGUCUCUGUUGCCUGCUUUGCGUGUCUUUAUGUUUUACUGGCGUCACCUCAAAAGCUGGUUUGUGCGAGGUGGAGUCAGGUCAAUCCAAUAUCAUUCUGGAUAUCGAGGAGAGCAGAGGAGAUGCGAUCGAUCAGAAGACCGUGCCGGAGGAACUUCCGGUAUCUGGCGAUCCCUAUAACGAGACCACGCUGGAGCUUAUCUUUCCUGGAAGGCAGCCUCGUUUCAAACUGAAUGGCAAGAAGCUGCAACUGCUCGAGCCGUUGGACAGGGACGAUGAAAAUCUCUCGCAUGUUGUAUUUCAGCUGAGCUGCACGGUGAAGCAAACCAACAAAAAGCGAACGAUACCGGUUAUUGUGCGGGUAUCGGAUAUAAACGAUAACGCGCCGAAAUUCAUUAACACGCCGUACGAGACCACGGUACCAGAGUUAACACCAGUAGGUUCGACGAUAUUCAAAAACGUGGUGGCAGUGGAUGCAGACGCCGGCGUCAAUGGAAUCGUCGAAUACCUAAUUGCUCCUGGAGACGGAAAUGGAAUUGGCAAUAAUGACGGGGUUGGUCGAAAUAGAAUUACGACCGCUGAUGGAUACGGUUAUUUCAGCAUCAACUUACCUCAUCAAGGCCAGGUUACUGUUAACCGUACCUUAGACUUCGAAAGAACACAACGAUACCUGGUUACCAUUUUAGCUUCUGAUCGAGCGAGAAAUGUAUCCGACAGAUUCACAUCCACCACCACUUUGACUGUAAAUAUCAGAGAUGACGAUGAUCAAGAUCCUUCCUUCAUCUACCAGGGUUGCAUGCUUUUAGAUGGCGCCUGCAUUAAUCCAGAAUAUUCAGCGUCGGUAUCGAGCGGAGUGUUAUCCGGGAUACUCAAUAUAUCGCCGGAGAAAAUACAAGCUGUUGAUAUGGACAGCAUAAAUGCGCCCAUUCAUUAUUCCUUCCUCAGUGCCAGCCCCUCGAAUUACCGGGAAUUUUUCGAAAUAAACCCGAACACCGGCGCCGUGAAGCAAAUCAAGGCAGUCGACACAACGGUUACCAAAAAAUUCGAUAUUAUCAUUAAGGCUGUUGAAGUAUCCGAAGCGAAACGAUCAGCGACAGCUAAAUUGACUAUUACCGUGAAGCCAGUCGACAGCAAUCCUCCAAUUAUAACAGCGUCGAAUGUAGAAGGAUUCGUUGAUGAGAACGCUCCGAUUGGAACAAAGGUUAUCGACAAAAAUGGAGGUCCCAUAGUGCUCACCGUUUCGGACGCUGAUUUGGGUCCUGAAGAUCCAAAACCAGCGUACACGUUCGAAUUAACAACCAAUUUCUUCGCGAUCGACUCCUCCGGGAUGUUGGUCGUAAACGAAGAGAAUUUAGACCGAGAUCCUCCGAGUCCAGGACGUUUCCGGUUUCAAGUGGUUGCUAGAGAAAAAACAGGCGUCGCUGCAUCUGCGCCAUUAUCCUUCGUGGUGACAUUGAACGACGUUAAUGACAAUGCUCCUAUGCUUCCUAUGAUAGCGCCUAUCACUGUUCAAGCUGGAGAAACAAAGAGCGUGGUGACAAAGGUUGAGGCGACGGACAACGACGAAGGGGAAAACGCCGAAAUAACGUACAGCAUCUACCACGUCUCGAAUAACGGGCUGCACAAGUUCAAAAUUGAUCCAAAGACCGGCGUGAUCGAGUCCGUAAGGAAAUUGAACGCAGGCGAGCAAUUCAGCAUCACGGUUCAAGCUACAGAUAAGGGUGGAAAAUAUUCGCAAACGAUCGUCGAAGUGAACGUAAUUCCUGGUCCCAAUACCAGGAGUCCUGUUUUCCAGCAACCGGUGUACGAGGUGCAAGUCAGCGAGGGUGCUUCGAUUAAUUCCACCGUCGCGACUAUUACUGCAAUUGAUCCAGAAAACGACCCUGUGUCCUAUUCCAUCGUCUCAGGAAACGACCUACGUCAAUUUGCAAUCGGUGACAAGUCAGGCGUGAUCACGGUUAUAAGGAAAUUGGACAGGGAGGACUUGACUCGUUAUCAGUUGCUUAUCAAAGCCGAGGAUUCAGGUGGUCUGUUCAGUACAGCGACAGUAAAUAUCAAAGUGACUGACAUUAACGAUAAGAAUCCCGAAUUCGUGGAUUUGCCUUAUGUGUUCUCCGUGAAGGAAGGAGAAGCUCGGAAAUUAAUCGGCCGUGUGCACGCCGAGGAUGCCGAUGAAGGCAUUAACUCUGAAAUCACGUAUUUCGCGCCGGAUGAUAUACCUUUUACGGUGGACCCCGAAACUGGAGAUGUCUUGACGAAAAUCGUUCUCGACUACGAGCAAAAUGAUGAAUAUAAAUUUGUAGUAACUGCGAGGGACGGUGCUCCAGAUUAUCGUCUGGCUACUGCGACGGUAGCGGUGAACGUUAUAGACGUUGAGGACGAAGUUCCCGUUUUCCAUCAAAGUAGCUACGAAGCUCGAGUUAAAGAGAAUAUACCGGAUUAUACGGUGCUUCAAGUAACGGCCGAUGAUCCGGAUACAAAGAAGCAAAUCACAUACAUGAUCAAACAAGGGGAUACCGAACUCUUCGACAUAGACCCCAAGACUGGAGUCAUAAAAACCAUUCGCGGGUUGGAUUAUGAGAGGGAGAGCCAGCACAUCCUCGUAAUUGGCACUGUUGAAAAUACCAGUGAUUUGCCAGGAUCCACUACUAGGGUUGUAGUCAACGUUCAGGACGUUAACGACAUUCCACCGGUGUUCACGUCAGUUCCUCGUCCGAUUACACUAGACGACGACGUUCCCAUCGGCACAACGGUUAUUAAUCUUAUAGCAACAGAUUCCGAUGGCACCGCUCCUGGAAAUCAAGUGAGGUAUGAAAUUAUUGGCCGUGGAAUAUCGAACAAAUACUUUGUCAUCGAUCCAGACACCGGUGUGCUUCGAAUACGAGAUGAUUUGCGUAAAGAAACAGACACUGAAUACCAGGUGGACGUGCGCGCUUACGACAUGGGAGAGCCACAAUUGUCAUCCGUAACGACGGUGCCGAUUUACGUUCGUCACGUGGCCACGGUACCGCCAGAAAUCGGUUUAGGCUUCGCUGAAAAUUCGUACAACGUCGAAGUGCCUGAAGAUGCGGGUGAUAAUACACUGAUCAAGAUAAUCACGGUCAUUAACAGUCACGCACACGACACUACACCGUUAAAAUGCGAGAUCUACAGCGGCAACGAGGCCGGUUUGUUCGAAGCAAACGUCACGGAAGAACGAAAUUGCGCGCUCAAGUUAAAAAAGGGAGGUUUGGAUUACGAAACGACGGAAUCCUAUCAGGUGAAGAUCAAGCUGGAGUCUUUGUCUGGUCUUUUGAAUGCCGGAAGGAACAUAACGAUGGUCAAGAUUCAAGUGCUCGACGUGAACGACAACAAGCCAGAAUUCAUUUUCUUGGAGAGCAAUAAAAAAUUGUCAAGAGGGCGUUACUUCGCGGCAAUUCCGCGAUCCGCGCAAUUUGCGUCAACGGUGAUACAAGUGAAGGCUCACGAUAAAGACAACGGAAAGUACGGGAAGCUCGAGUACAAGAUACUGGGAGGACGAGGGUCGGACUACUUUGCCAUGGACAGCUCCUCCGGUAUCAUUAGAACGACUGCGACGUUCGACAACGUGGAUCCAACGGAGCUUCCAUUCAAGUUCGACGUUCGAGUUCGGGACAAUCCUAAUUCAACUGACAACUUUAACUCGAUCGUCGCUCCAGUUAUAGUGAAUCUAAUCGGGGAGGAGAAUGUAAUGAUCCUGGUAGUUCAGGAUGCAGCGCCUGACGUGUUGCAAAAAGAAGCUUCCAAGAUCGCUGACAUCAUCGAGGAGAAGAGCGGACUUUUAAUCGGCAUCGACAGAGUCGCUGUGAGGAAAAAUUUGACCAAAAAUGGAACCAUCGAGAUGUAUCCUCAAGAUUCCGACGUGUGGUUUUACGCGAUCGAUCCCGACACGGAAGCCAUUUUAGACCGAAACAGCACGCGAAUACAAAGAUCGAUCAUCGAGAAGCCAGCAAUGUCGAAUAUCACUUUCGACGUGUCCACGUUGGUCCGAGCAAACGCGAUAGACAUUCACGCGCCGGUGAUGCCACCCGAGCCAGUUCGAACACAAACUGCUAUUGCCUUCAGCGGCGAAGUAUUUCCGUACGCUUUGAUAAUUAUCGCCUGCGUCAUACUGAUUCUGGGCAUAGCAGGCAUCAUCUACAUCUGCGUCUCCUGGUCUAGAUACAAGGCGUACAAGGAACGAAUGCAAAGGAUGUACGUUGUGCCACGUUACGAUCCCGUCUACGUCGAGCCGAAUUUGAAAGAAUACGAGACGCAGGUGCUUCAAAUGAGCGUUCCGGUGGACGAUAACGACAGCUACAACGAUCUCCAGCUUGAUUUUAGCAAUAAAAAUCACGCGUUCAGCUUGGACAACGUCAGCUACAUUACCAAAGAUCACGGAGAGAGUACAGGUCAGCAAAGUCCCGUGAGUUCUGAAGCGGCGACCACAGCACGCGCUUCUAGCAUAGUCGGAACCCACGGAGACGUGAACAUUCAUUCGUUACGGCGAUCCACCCUCGGCAGGAAGAAUCACAACAACAGCAAUGUGAACACGUUGAACAAUCACGACACGACGCCUGUCCUGAAUCCACUCUACAACCACGGUAACGAUCUGCUCAGUCCUAGUCCGUCAAACGAUAAUGUGACGUUCAGGGAGAGGAAGGAUUAUUCUCAUCUCGGAUUUACGUAUUUGGGUGAACAAAGCCCGGUGGAAACGACCACGGAAUUGUACAUGAAAUACUUGAAAGUUGUUCUAUUCACGUUCAACUUAUUAAUAUGGUUGGCCGGGUGUACGGUACUUGUGAUAGGAGCAUGGUUGUUGCUGGAACCAAGCAAAGGACACCUGUUAAAUCUUUUCGUAUCUGACGCUACGCCACACGAGACUAUUAACCUGCUAGCUUACAGUUUACUCGGUCUUGGUUUCACGGUGCUCACGGUCGGUUUCGUCGGGUGUCGGGCCGCUCUUCACGGAAACCAAUGCAUUCUAGCCACUUAUAUGAGCAUGCUUGUCGCACUGAUCGUCACGGAGCUAAUCACCGCAGCUGUAGGUGGAUUAAUGACAUUUCGAAUACUUUCCGGAUUAGAGGACCGGCUAAUUAGUAAAUUGGCUGAUGACUAUGGUCACGAAUCGACCAGCGACAUCCCUUUCAGCCAUAGUAUCGACUUUGCACAAUACAAGUUUAAUUGCUGUGGAAUACACGGACACGGAGACUACAAUGGCACCGCUUGGUGGAGAGACGCGCAAAUUUCGGGCAACAGAAGACAGGUCCCUCUCACAUGCUGCGUUCUAAAAAAUACCGAGGCAAAAAAUACAGGAAGUCCAAUGAGCGUGGUGUCAAGAGUGUUUCAUAAACAUACUGAGAAACCGUGGCUAAAUCCGAAACCGAAAGAUGAAACAGCUUGUCAAGUUGAGGACAGAGAGGGCCACGAAGGAUAUCGGCAUAGAGAGGGUUGUCUCACCAAAAUCACAAGUUGGUUACAGUGCGAAAGCUUCACUCUGGUAAUUCUGGGCAUGGCAAUGGCUGGCAUACAGACAUUCGGUAUAAUAACCUCGGCUUUCCUUUGUCGAACGAUAAGAGACAUGCACGUGGAUUGAAACGGCUGUACCGG